AUGAAAAUUAUCCCACUAGGAGCAGGGCAAGAUGUUGGUCGAUCAUGCAUUAUUGUAAAUAUAGAAGGAAGAACCAUUAUGUUAGACUGCGGCAUGCAUAUGGGAUACAAUGACCAAAGAAGAUUUCCUGAUUUUUCUGCUUUAAGUAAAACAGGAGAUUUUAAUAAAUUAAUUGAUUGUAUAAUAAUUUCACAUUUUCACUUGGAUCACACAGGCGCACUACCUUUUUUUACAGAAAUUUGUAAAUAUGAUGGUCCUAUAUAUAUGACUAAACCUACUAAAGCAGUUAUACCUAUAUUGCUAGAAGAUUUUAGAAAAAUCUCAGCUCCCAAGUCUAGUGACGGAAAAUUUUUUUCCUAUCAAGACAUUCAAAAUUGUUUGAAAAAAAUCAUUACAAUCAAUUUCAAUGAAACUUAUAAACAUGAUGAAAAUUUUUUUAUUACUCCUUACUAUGCUGGACAUGUUAUAGGUGCAGCUAUGUUUCAUGUACAGGUUGGAUCUAGAAGUGUUGUGUAUACGGGCGAUUAUAAUAUGACACCUGAUAGGCAUUUGGGUGCAGCUUCUAUACCAUGUUUAAGACCAGACUUAUUAAUUACAGAAUCUACAUAUGGAUCCAUCACUAGAGAUUGUAGAAAAUCGAAAGAGAGGGAAUUUUUCAAAGCUGUUUUAGAUUGUGUGUCUAAUGGCGGUAAGGUUUUGAUACCGAUAUUUGCACUUGGCAGGGCACAAGAACUUUGUUUAUUGCUUGAUUCACAUUGGGAAAGAAUGCAGCUUAAAGUGCCUAUAUAUUUUUCAAGUGGUUUAACUGAAAAAGCUAAUAAUAUUUACAAACAGUUUCUUAGUUACACUAACGAAACCAUAAAAAAGAAUGCUUUCAAUCAUAACGUUUUUGAUUUUAAACAUACUACUACUUUUCAAAAACACUUUUUAGAUUUAAAUAUUCCGAUGGUUUUAUUUGCAUCCCCUGGUAUGCUUCAUUCUGGUAUGUCAUUAAAGGUAUUUAAAGAGUGGUGCACUGAUCCAAAAAAUCUUGUAAUAAUUCCCGGUUAUUGCGUAAAAGGCACCGUAGGUGAUAAAGUGCUUAAUGGAAAUAAAGAAAUUGAAAUUUUAGGAGAAUUAAAAGAAAUAAAAAUACAAGUAAAAAAUUUGGCUUUUAGUGCACAUGCAGAUGCACAAGGAAUUUUAAAUCUUAUAAAAAUGUGUCAACCAAAAAAUGUUAUGUUAGUUCACGGCGAAAAAUCAAGAAUUUCAUUACUAAAAAAAUCAAUAGAAAAAAAGUUUAACAUUCCUGUAUUUAAACCGGCUAACGGAACUUGUAUAAAUAUUCCAAAGCAGGAUUUAAUUAAAUUAAGAUUUAAUAAUGAUAAGUUAAAGAAAUUAUUUAAAAACCAUUUAUCUAGUCAACAUGUAUCCAUUAGAUUUGAAGUAGACACAAGAAAAGAAAAUAAUGACUUUUUAGAAGUUUUAGAUUGUGAAAAUCUUUUCAGUAGCGAAGAAAAUUAA